AUGUCCAGUAACAAUAACGAGGAACAACAACAACAAGAAGCUACCCAACCAGAGUCAAAUGAACAAAUAAUCCCAGAAUCUACAAGAUCUUCCUCUGAGGAGGAAAACGACCCUGUUGAAUCGUUAUUACCAUCCAGUUAUAACAGAUCCUCCUUAUUCUCGAGGGAUAGAAACACUUUCAACACAUUCUCCACAAACCCAACAAGUACAGGUUCUUUUGCCAGUGGAGGUGGUAAUGCUAAACAGCAAAAUAGCCUACGUAUUGAUAAUAUAGGGAAGCCUUUAAGAGUGCUGAGUGCUGAUCGGUAUAAUGAACUAAGCCGUGUUGGUACAAGUGAUAUUGAACAACAGGGAGGUGGUGUCAAUGCACAGAGUGUUGGAGGAGGUGGUGGUGGUAGUAGUUCUAAUUUAAGUGGACAAUAUGUUUCUGGUGGUAUUGAAGUUGUGGAAAAGGAGUUGAGUUAUUUGAAUGAGAAUUUGUUGGGGUUGAUUGAUCAGUUGAAUCAAAGUGUAUUGAAUGUUUCAAAAGCUAGUAUUUUGUUCAUUGAAUUUUUGGAUGAUACUGUGCCACUUAGUAAUAGUGUUGCUGGUUCAAUAACUAUUCAAAGUAAUGAACAUAUAAGAAGUAUUAUCAAGAUUGCAUUACAAUUUUAUGAUAAUUAUUUAAGAUUUGAAGUUUAUGAAAAUUCUAAAAAUUUAUUAAUAAAAUCAUUAAAAGAAUUUUUAACAAGAUUGAAUUUCAAAUUUAGUUAUAAUGUUAAUGAAACAAUACCAUUCAUGAAGAAUUUUGCCAUUGAAUUAGACAAUGAAUCUGAGGAUGAAGAAGGUAUGAUUGCCCCAAAUAAGGAAAAAAUCGAACGUAUAAUCGAAUUAAUUUCGAAUUCAAACUCAACAUUAAUAUCAGAUCAACAAGGUUCAUUCAUUGCACCAAUAAUGAGAGGUCUAACCCAAAAUUCAUCAGUCUUGUCAAUAAUGUUUGGAUUCCCAGAUCCUCAAACUGAACAUUAUGAUAUAAUAAAUGCAUUAUUUCAAACGUUUCCAGAUGUUCAUUUUUUCGUUAAAAAGGAUUUCAUCAAAACAUGUGCAACAAAGACCAAAUUUUCACCACCUUUCAAGAUCCCUAAUAAGAAAAAACCAGAGAUUUCAAUUUCAAUAAGUUCAGAAUCUGGUAUUAAGACAAGUGGUACACUUGGUGGGUUUAUACAACCAAUCUUCAAACCAACAACGGAUCCUUCAUUAAUGAAAUAUAAAGGUUCAAAAUUCGCAAUAACGUGUGCCCAUGUAUUGUUGAGUGAAAAUCAAGAUUAUCCUAAUGUGAGUGUUCCAUCAAGUGUGUUGAUAAAUGCGUACAAGAGUGCUUUGAGGGAUGAACGUGAUAAAUAUGUUAAAAACUCUAUUGAGUAUGAAUCUUAUAAUGAAGAAUUGAUCAAGAGUGAUGGUUAUGAAUUGAAUUUAGGACAAGUUGUUUGGGGUGAACGAGUAUUAAUCAAAAAUAAAAUCAGUGAUAUUGCAAUAGUUAAAGUCAAUAAUGGUGUUAAAUGUGAAAAUUUCCUAGGUGAAGGUGUUGAUAUUUUCAACCCAUCAUUAAAAUUUAAGAAUUUAUACAUAAAGAAAACAAUACCAACAAGUGAUUUUAAUAAACAUAAUAAAGUUUUCAAAAUUGGUGCAAAUACUAAAUACACCACUGGUGAGAUCAAUGGGAUAAAGAUGAUUUAUUGGCUUGAUGGAUCUUUACAAACUAGUGAAUUUAUAUUAUCAUCACCUGAACCAAAUUUUGCCAAUGGUGGAGAUUCUGGAGCAUUAAUCUUGAAUAAUUUAUCAAAUGAAACGGGGUUAGGAGUAUUAGGUAUGUUGCAUUCUUAUGAUGGAGAGAUGAAACAGUUUGGGUUGUUUACACCAGUGGAGGAUAUCUUGGAGAGAUUACAUCAAGUUACUGGUAUUGAAUGGGAUUUUAUUUAUUGA